UUAAUCACACCCUCUGUUUCUUAUUAGCCGCUUCCAACAAUGGCCAAGGUUUUGCUUUUCCUAAUUUUAUUUACUUUUUCCUCAAUGCUCUCCGUCGCAUCGGCGUUUGAGUUUCGUGUGGGAGGACCGGAGGGAUGGGUGAAGCCCACCGGAAAGGAAUCUGAGACUUACAACCACUGGGCUGGGAGAAACCGUUUUCAUAUUGGCGACUCGUUGCAUUUCAAGUACGCGAACGACUCCGUGCUCGUCGUUGACAGAGAAGGUUACGUCGCGUGCGACACAAGCAACCCGCUCUUAGCCUUCACCGAUGGAAACUCGACGUUUUGGUUCGACCAUUAUGGCUACUUCUACUUCAUAAGUGGCGAACCGGACCAUUGCAGGUCGGGGCAGAGGUUGAUCGUUCGGGUCAUGGUGCACCCGUUCGUUAAUUUGGGUCCGGGCUAUGCGCCGUCUCCUCUGCCUUCGGGUUCAGGCUCUGGUCCGGAUUGGAAUUCGGGUUCGGGCCCUUCGGGUGAAUCUUGGUCUAGUGGUGGGUUUAAGGUUGCUUCUUUCGGUUCUUAUGUUAGGGUUUUCUUAGGAGUAUGGUUUGGUUUAGUUGUUUCGAUGUUUGUUUGAUGGAGUAUUUGUUGUUAUUUACUAUUUGUUGGUGUUAAUUUUUGUUGUUUUAGGUAGUUAGAUUUGGAGGGUAGUUGGUCUGAUUAAUGAUUUGUAUGAGUAUUCUUUUCAUGUUUUCAGUUGUUUAGUUAUUUAUUUUUUUGGUCUAUA